AUGCGCGGGCUGACUGGCGCAAGUCGCCCAGGCGGUGUGAAGAUCCACCUGGUCGUGAAAGACUCGGGCGGCUUCCAGCAGCACGCUGGCGAGCCGCCGGCCCCGGAGGACGCGCCGGCUCCGAAGGAGGUGAAGGACUGGAGCAGGGACAAGAGACAGGAGUGGGGCAAGGGCGGCCAUCCGCAGUGGCCUGCGUGGCAGGCUGAGUCGACGCAGCGGAGGCAGCCGUGGCAGCUCAGCGCCCACGCGCAGGCGCCGCCGAGGCCCGCGACGCUCCUGCGGCCAAAG